AGAAUCUAAUAUUGUUUGCCUCACAGGGAGGUCUGACACGGGGGCGGCGACAACGAACCGCUCGGUCGGAAGAUUAUACGAACGCGGCCGUUGCUGGCCCUGUUGUUGACUUCCCCAAAGCGGUCCGCCGUGCAGAAACGAGCCACGGUCAACCCAACCCACUAUGACGGAGUCGAGCCUCUCUCUCCCUCACUUUCUCUCUCGUACAUUACGGAUUACCCUAAUAGCUAAUUAGCCCCCUUCUUCAUACAUACACCUUCUCACACGCACGGCACGAACCUGCAUGUUCUCAACCUUAGCCUCCGCCGUGCACUGCCCCUUCCGCCGCCGAACACCCCGACCAGGCCCUCACGGACAUGAAAAAAAAGCAAAAAGCAAGAGGUCAAAAAGCAAAAAAGAAAAAGAAAAAAGAAACUCUUUGCGCAUAUGCGCCCUCUCAAACCAUCAAUCAUCCAUGAUCCCUCCGUCCCACCAUCCCUACCCUCGUCCAUCCCUCUCCACCCUCCAUCCAUCCUUCUCGCAAACAAUACCGCCCGGUCAUCGGCCUCCCCGGACGCCGAGCUCGCGCGCGCGCUUGCUUGCUCUGGCUUGCAUGUUUGCAUACAUAGACACGGCAGGCACGGCGAUCAGUUUCUCGAAGAGAGAUCACAGGCAGCUGCCAACAACGGCGACGCGCACACCGCUGCUAGCGCCACGCGCCCGGGUGUCUGCAGUAGCCUGCGUUUUUUUGACAGCAGCAGCAAGCAAGCAAGCAGGCAGGCAGGCAAGCAAGCAAGCAAGCAAGCAAGCAAGCCUGCCUACCAGUCUACCAACCUGCCAGCCUGCAAGCCUGCCAACUACCCACCCAUCCACCACUUGUUCAUGGGGCCAUGGGGGGGUUCCCGCAAGUUUGGCCGCACGCACACGCACGCACGCGAGAUUUCGUUUCUGUUGCCCCAUGGGGAUAGAGGGGGAGGGGUGCUGCUUGCGCUGAUGGGACGCCUUGUUUCCGCGUCGUCCCUUGCACUUUUUCAUUUUUUUUUAUUUUUUAUUUUAUUUUAUUUUUUACUUUUUGAUUCCUUUUUGCUUCGCUGAUCUUUCUUCUCCCUAAAGCGGACGCCUCUUCAUCGAUCGUCUACUAUCGCCCGCCAUCUUGGCCCCCACAUAUACGAGCUGCGGCCCUGUCGCUCUGUCGUGCUUGGCGGGAUAGUUACAGUGACGGUACCUCGUGCGCGCACAUCAUCACCUAGUCAACCACCAAA